CAGAUUUUUCAGUCGUCAAAUCGCUCUAGAAGGUUCCAAACGUGUAGUGGCGUCUAAUCUGUGUUUUUUGUUCUGUCUGUUUGUGUUCCACAUUAAAAAUUGAAAAUUGCAUUCUUAACAGGUUUUAUUUGCUUCAAAUCAGAGAAAGAAAAUAAAAACUUGAAAAAUGGCUACCCCAGCGGGUUACGGGACAUUGCUCGAGUGUCCUUACAAUAAAGCACAUCGUGUUCAAGCAACUGCGAUGGCACGGCAUCUGUUCAAAUGCCGAAAGAUGUAUCCGAAUAUUGAAUUUGUAACAUGCCCGUUCAAUCAUGCCCAUAAAAUUGCGGAACCGGAACUAAAAAUGCAUACGGCUACCUGCGAAGAUCGGGCCAAUUUUGACAUGUAUAAGUACUGUAUUACGACGGCGGCCGCAACUCAUACUAGCGCCGAGACAAGAGAACCAGAGCUCGUUUACAAUCAGGAAGAACCAAACGCCCCUUGCCUGGUUCAGGACAACGAUGAUGAAUGCUGGGACGAUUUACGCAUGCCAGCAUACAAUCCGCAAGAAUAUUGCGAAAAGGCUAAAGUUAUUCGUAAGGCAACUCUUAAAACUCCUGCUGAAAAACGGGCAUUUUACGAACAGGAGAUGAAGCGGCACCGAGAGUUGGAAAUGAAAAUAAAAAAGGAAAUGGGAGAGGAUGAUACAAGAUCUGAAAAACGGAGCAUGUAUAGAUCGCGUUCCCGUUCUCGUUCACCUAUGCUUUCGUCGAGAAGAAAGCGUUCCCGAUCCAACUCUCGACCUCGACGUCGAUCGCGCUCCAGAUCACCAAUUCAAGCACGUAAGCGCUCCCCUGUUAGCCGUCGUCGUCGAUCGGUGUCCAAGUCGCCAAUUCCUAAAUCUAGAUCUCGAUCACGGGACCGUCGCUCUCGUUCCAAUUCUAGAAAGUCACGUUCACUAGACAGGGAAAGGGAACGCAAACGUAAGCGUUCUCGUUCAGUCGAACGGGCACGUCGUAAAUCUCCCUCGCCAAAUUACAGUCGAGGCAGGCCCUAUUACGACGGCUACUCUACGAAGACGUUUGACUACGGAAGUGGCAGCUCCCGUUCUUAUGGCAGCGGUUAUGAUCGAUACGACUACUCGUACAGCAGCACUACACGCUACGAUUACUACGGCCUUCCAUCUUACAGCCGAUAUGACGACUAUCGCUUCACGGAGCGCGCCCGCAGAGACACUAAGCGGGAUUCCCGCGAUCGUGACGAUGAGGAACACAUCUAUCGACGCGAUUUUAGAGAUUAGGAUUAUUUUACAUGUUUUAUCUGUGUAUUUUCCUGACAAUUGUGUCCACCAAUUUAUAUAUAUUUUAUUUAGUUUUAUGUACCAUCGAUAAGGAUGUCAUAAUUUAGAGUUUUACAUUGAACAAUUGUAAAGGUACAUCAUACACUACUUUAUCCAUUCAAUAUGUGAAUGAAGACAACAAAAUAUCUACCUUGAAGUAACAUUAAAUCAGCGUUUUAGAAUUUAGAUUCAAAUAAAAUGUUUCUAGACAGCUUGCAUGAUAAAA